UUAUGCCUUAUGCUGAAUAUAAACCCAGCCUCCCAACCAAUCAAAUUCAUCGUCAACAAUGGCUUUGGGUUUGUUAUGAAUGGUGUUUACAGCCAGAAUCCGGAAGUUCAGGUGACAAAUACCAGAAUAGCCAAUGUCCCAGUUAAAAUAAUACAGCCCAUAAAAGAGACAAGAUCAUUACCGGCUAUGAUUUAUAUUCACGGAGGAGGAUGGACAUGGUUUUCUACAGAUACAUACAGCUCUUACUUAGAAAACUUGUCUGACAGAACGAGGAUGAUUGUAAUAGCAAUUGAGUACAGGAAGGCACCAGAAUAUCCGUUUCCAGCAGGAUAUACUGAUUGUAUAGAUGUCAUGUGGCAAGUUUUGGCGGCAAAGAGUGGUGUUAAUGUAAAUACAAAUAAAGUUGUAAUUGCUGGCGAUGGAUCAGGCGGAGGUAUUGCAGCUGCAGUAGCGAGACAUUUCCCUAAAAAAAUCAUGAUUCAGAUAUUGAUAAAUCCAGUUUUACAAAUGCUAGAUUUUCAAACACCGUCAUACCAAGACAAUGUUGACAUUAUUCCUGGUAUUACGUCACCAGAAAGAGAGGCACUACAUUGGUUACUCUAUGUUGGACAGCCAAUAGCUUUUGCAUCCAAAAUAACUGAAAAUAAACAUUUAUUUCCAGCAACUGUACAAUCUCAUUUUAGUCUAGUUGACAGUGCAAAACAUCUGCCUACAUAUUUGAAAAUCACUAAUAGGACUACAACAAUUCCAAGGGAACACGAUUUUGUUGUCGCUAUGCAACUUCAAACUUACAUCACAAACGAGACUCUAUCGCCCAUGAUGCACAAGAAUCUGCAAGAUAUCCCAAAAGCCUAUGUAAUCACGUCUCAAUACGAUGUUUUACGAGACGAGGCAGUAAUGUAUACUAAUAGGAUUCACGAAGAUGGAACCAAAGUAAAGCUUAAACACUACAAAAAUGCUUUUCAUGGAUUCUUCCUGUUUUCACAUGAAUCGGGAAUAUUUCAUUUAGAGGAAGCUAAGGCAGCUUUGCAAGAAUUGGUUGAAUUUUUGCGUUAUCAGGUACAUGGACUUUCAAAACCUCUAAGAGAAGCUUACACAGUUUGAAACGUUCAUAAAUAAACAAUAAGUUGCUGUCGUGGAUAUGUGUCAAGAUCCACUGCAGAAGCAACAAAGGGAUAAUAUAUGGAACUUGUAUUUCCGAGAAUUCAGGUGCUUUUGUUACAAUCUUGUAUAGGGAAUACCGGACAUUAGUUAAAAUCCACAAAAAAUAAGAAUUUCUACAUGUUUACCUUAUCUUUAACAACACGUUACAGAAAAUCAUCAUUUAUACAUGUAUAUAUAAUGUAGACAAUCAACCUUAAAGAAUUUUGAACUCUAUUAUUAUUGAAAAACCUUCCAUCAUUAAAAACUCAUUUGAAGUUAAAAUUACCAAAAAAAAUCUAAUACCAAGAGAUCUUUAAGAGUCUAAAUCGCUCUCCUGACAAAAUAAGCAAUCAUGAUAUUUAUUUUCACGUUAUAUUAUUGCAAUGAGUUUUUUCGUCCAAUAAACAGUUUACUAACAAUUUCAGUAAUGUAAGUAA